AUGAUUCCUAAAGUGGAAAAUCCGCAAUUUUUCUCCGACCUCAGGCCUAUUAGUUUAUGCAACGUUACUAGCAAAAUCAUCUCAAAGCUUAUCAAUACCAAACUUGCUUCCAUACUUCCAAACAUCAUUUCUAAAAACCAGAGUGGCUUUAUUAAAGGAAGAAUGAUAUCGGAAAGUAUUCUCUUGGCUCAGGAAAUAAUCAACAAUAUGAAUAAGCCCAACAACGGAGGAAACCUAGUUAUCAAGCUUGACAUGGCCAAAGCCUACGAUAAGGUGUCAUGGCCUUACCUCUGUGCUGUACUUAGAAAACUUGGCUUUGAUGAAAAAUUGGUGGAUUUGGUGUUCAGAUUCAUUUCCAAUAAUUGGUACUCAUUAGUCCUCAAUGGUGGCAGAUAUGGCUUCUUCAAAUCAGAAAAUGGACUUAGACAGGGAGACCCUUUAUCCCCUUCCCUUUUUGUUCUUAGUGCUGAAUUACUAUCUGUUUUACUUAACAAAUUACAUGAUGAUCUGAAUUUUAGGAAUUUUUAUAUUCAUAAGAAUGGUCCUAAGAUUAACCACCUUUGUUUUGCAGAUGAUGUUAUUCUUUUCACAAGUGGUAACAGGAAAUCUUUAAAAAGGAUCAUGCGGGUGCUGAGAACUUAUGAAGAAGCUUCUAGUCAAAUAGUUAACAAGCAUAAAAGUUCCAUAAUUCUCCAUCCGAAAGCUAGUUCAAGAAGGACAAACCGAGCUGCUAGACUAACUGGAAUGAAAAAAGAAUCCUUCCCCUUCCAGUACCUUGGUAGCCCACUUUAUUUGGGAAGAAAGAGAAUUUCCACCUUCUCUGGUAUGAUAGAUAAAAUCUUGGCAAGAACUAGGGGUUGGAAUAAUAAAUUUCUUUCAACUGGAGGUAAAAGUAUCCUUUUAAAACAUGUCCUUCAAGCCAUGCCCUCCCAUUUACUUGCUGUUAUGCACCCUCUCUCUACAGUUUUUGAGAUCAUUGAAAAAGAAUUCAAUAGAUUUUUCUGGAGUGGUGUUGAUGGUGCAAAAAGACAACACUGGGCAUCCAGGGAUAAUUUAUCUUUUCCCUAUACUGAGGGAGGAGCUAAUUUCAGGAAGCUCAUGGAUAUUUGUAAAGCCUAUAGUGCCAAACAAUGGUGGAGAUUUAGGACUCAAGACUCUCUGUGGAGUCAAUUUCUCAAAACUAAAUAUAGUCCUGAUCCCAUCAUGUCACUGUUAAAUGGAGGAGUGGUCAAUCCCACAACUGGAAAUCCAUGGCUGACAUCAAAGAAAAAGUGGAGAAGGCUAUUUUCUGGAAUAUUGGUAGAGGCAAUGUCUCUUUUUGGGACUGUCCCCAAUUGGAGUGUCAUUAGAGAUGCCUUUAACAGACAAAACUGGUACUGGAAUGCAUGUGGGGAUGUACCUGAUAACAUCAAAGAUCACAUUCUUCAUAUGAAUCUCAAAUUUUACGAUGAAGAGGAUAAACCAUGCUGGAUGAAAACAAACUCAGGCAACUUUUCGACAGGAAGUGCAUGGAAUUUCUUGAGGUCACCUAGAAGGGAGGUUCCUUUUAUGAGCAAAUUGUGGAACAAGAUAAUACAACCUGAAACUUUAAAUCAUAUUUUUCUUGACGGACCACUUGCGGCUGCUGUAUGGAACCACUUUGGUUGCCAAUUUGGCAUUCCUAGCCAUUUCAAUUCCUUGCAGCUUGCCCUUGAUACUUGGUGGAAUUCAAGACCUUCUAAUCCUAUUAUUGCUUUUCUCUUCAAAAUUUGCCCUAUAAUCAUUACUUGGUUUUUGUGGAAAACAAGAUGCAGUGGUAAAUAUGGCAGUAAAAAACCUUUCUUGCCCAGAAUUCUUUAUCAGAUCUCCCAAAAUAUUUUAAAUAUAGUAAGACUUCAGUUUCUUAAUUUUAAAUAUGACUUAUCUUGGAUGGAACUAACUUGCCUUCUUGAGAAAAAAAUGGCUUUUAAAGUGUGCAGGACAGUCUUCUGGAAGAGACCAGCCAUUAACUUUCUCAAAAUUAAUAGCGAUGGAAGUCACAAGGAUGGAUCCAGUGGUGGAGGAGGUGUGAUAAGAGACUCUCAAGGGAAGAUGAUCAUGGCAUACUCCAUCCCAUUUGACGAGGUUUCCAACAAUGUGGCCGAAGCCAAAGCUCUUCUUUUUGGCAUCCAAUGGAGCAUUCAAAAUGGGAUAAAUUCAUUGGAAUUGGAAACUGAUUCCAUGAUCCUUGCAGCAUGGGUUAAAGAUGUAUUCAAGAUCCCUUGGCAAGUUGACGCAAUUAAAAGAGCUUUGACUGGCACUUCUUGGUCGAUUAAGCACUGUUUUAGAGAAGCUAACAAGGUGGCGGACACUCUUGCUUCAUUGAGCCACUCGUUCCAGACCAACAAGCUUUACAACAAUUUUGAUGAUCUCCCCCUAAAGGUCAAAGGUCUGAUCAAUCUGGACAAAGCAGGUUUUCCAAACUUUCGGGUAAGGAACAAAAAAGCUAAAGAAAUCAAUCUUAGUGAUGUGGUACAUAAUGUAUAG